CGAACAUGGGUGGGGCCGUGUGGGGCGGGGGAGAAUGUGCGAAGCCGCUCUGAGAACAUACGUCACGGCCCACGGAGAGAGAUGCCAAGCCGCUCCGGGAGGGAAGGGAACUCCCAUUUUCUUUUAAUUGAAGCUCACGGCUACUCCCUCCCUCUGACUUCCUCCCGGAAUUUAUCUAUUCUUCUCUCAUUCAGAUUCUAUAUCCGAAUUCCAAAUCAAGGUCCGGGAGCUUUUCUCUAUGCUAGAUGUGCGCCCUACCAGGUUUAUUUCAUUUGCAAGCAUUUGAAGCAAGUUAUGCAAUGUGAACGGCUGUGACAGUGUUUGAUGGGCUCCAAUAAGCAGUCUCUUGGUUUACUGGAUAACCUCAAAAUGGAGAGGGUCAGGAUGAUUCUGACUCCGGCAUAUCCAUAUCCACAUGAGCAUUCCCGCCAUGCUAUAAUUGCUGUAGUUGUGGGGUGUCUGUUCUUUAUAUCAUCUGAUAGCAUGCAUAGUCUGAUCCAGAAGUUAGAUAACAACAUUAAAUGGUGGUCAAUGUAUGCUUGCUUACUUGGAUUUUUCUACUUCUUUUCAUCUCCAUUUAUAGGGAAGACAAUUAAACCAAGCUAUUCAAACUUCAGUAGAUGGUAUAUUACUUGGAUCUUAGUUGCGGCCCUGUAUCAUCUUCCCAGUUUUCAAUCAAUGGGAGUGGAUUUGAGGAUGAACCUAUCUCUGUUUUUGACAAUAUAUGUCUCAUCUAUUUUGUUUCUUCUUGUUUUCCAUAUUUUAUUUCUUGGACUAUGGUAUAUUGGACUUGUUGCUCGGGUGGCAGGAAAACGGCCAGCGAUCUGGGCUAUUAUACAAAACUGUGCAGUCAUAAGUAUAGCCUGCUGUGUAUUUUAUAGCCACUGUGGCAACCGCGCUAUCUUGAGAGAAAAAACUUUUGAAAGGAAACAUUCUAGUUGGUUUUCCUUUUGGAAGAAAGAAGAUAGAAAUGCAUGGCUAGCAAAGUUACUUGAUAUGAAUGAGUUGAAGGAUCAAGUUUGCUCAUCCUGGUUUGCUCCAGUUGGGUCUGCCAGUGAUUACCCAUUUUUGUCCAAGUGGGUUAUCUAUGGGGAGUUAGCUUGCAAUGGAUCGUGUGCUGGUCCUUCAGAUGAAAUCUCUCCCAUAUAUUCAUUAUGGGCCACAUUUAUUGGUCUUUAUAUUGCCAAUUAUGUGGUGGAACGAUCUACAGGAUGGGCCCUUACUCAUCCCUUGUCAGUUGAGGAAUAUGAGAAGUUGAAGAAAAAACAGUUGAAACCUGAUUUUCUAGACAUGGUUCCUUGGUAUUCAGGGACAUCUACUGAUCUAUUCAAGACUGUUUUUGACCUUCUUGUAUCUGUAACUGUAUUUGUUGGUCGUUUUGAUAUGCGUAUGAUGCAGGCUGCAAUGAGCAAGGUUGAACAUGGAGUUGAAGAGGGUGAUCUUUUAUAUGACCAUUUUAGUGAAAGGGAAGAACUGUGGUUUGAUUUCAUGGCUGAUACAGGAGAUGGUGGAAACUCGUCCUAUUCUGUUGCUCGUCUGCUUGCUCAGCCUUCCCUUCAGCUCUGUCAUUGCAAUUCUGUGCGUGUCCUAUCACGUGGAGACUUACUUCUUAUUGGAGGGGAUCUUGCAUACCCUAAUCCUUCUGCAUUUAAUUAUGAGAAACGUCUUUUUCGCCCUUUUCAAUAUGCUCUCCAGCCUCCAUCUUGGUAUAAACUGGAUCAUAUAGCAGUAAACAAGCCAGAGUUACCUUGUUCAGUGUCUCAACUGAAGUGCUAUGAGGGACCUCAGUGUUUCAUAAUACCUGGAAAUCAUGAUUGGUUUGAUGGACUACAUACUUUUAUGAGGUAUAUAUGUCACAAAAGCUGGUUGGGUGGGUGGUUUAUGCCUCAGAAGAAGAGUUACUUUGCUUUGCAACUCCCUAAAGGAUGGUGGGUAUUUGGUCUUGACCAAGCUCUUCACGGUGACAUUGAUGUGUACCAAUUCAAAUUCUUCUCAGAGCUAACCAAAGAAAAGGUUGGAGAGAAUGACUGUGUGAUCAUUAUGACACAUGAGCCCAAUUGGCUUCUUGAUUGGUACUGGAAUGAUACUUCUGGAAAGAAUGUCUCUCACUUAAUCCAUGACUAUCUGAAGGGGAGGUGUAAGCUUCGAAUGGCUGGGGAUCUGCACCAUUACAUGCACCAUUCAUCUAUUCCAUCAGACAAGCCUGCUCAUGUACAGCAUUUACUUGUCAAUGGUUGUGGUGGAGCAUUCUUACACCCUACUCAUGUAUUUAGUAACUUUAACAAAUUCUGUGGAACAUCCUAUGAAAGCAAAGCUGCUUAUCCUUCCUUUGAAGAUUCAAGCAGGAUUGCUCUGGGAAAUAUUUUGAAAUUCCGGAAGAAGAAUUGGCAGUUUGACAUUAUUGGUGGCAUCAUAUACUUUGUAUUGGUCUUCUCAAUGUUUCCACAGUGUCAGCUUGACCACAUCCUACAGGAUGAUUCAUUUUCUGGUCAUCUGAAGAGUUUCUUUAGCACAGUCUGGCAAGCAUUUAUAUAUAUUCUAGAACAUUCAUACGUGUCUUUAAUAGGAACCCUGCUAUUACUAUUCACAGCAUUUAUUUUUGUCCCAUCAAAAGUGUCAAGGAAGAAGCGGGCAAUAAUUGGGAUUCUUCAUGUUUCUGCACACAUGGCUGCAGCACUUGUUCUCAUGUUGCUGUUAGAAUUGGGUAUUGAAACAUGUAUCCGCCAUCGAUUACUAGCAACAUCAGGAUAUCACACUUUAUACGAAUGGUACCGAUCAGUUGAGAGUGAGCACUUCCCAGACCCAACUGGUCUCCGUGUUCGUAUAGAGCAAUGGACAUUUGGCCUUUACCCAGCAUGUAUAAAGUAUCUGAUGUCUGCAUUUGAUGUUCCAGAGGUAAUGGCUGUAACUAGGAGCAACAUCUGCAAGAAGGGGAUGGAGUCGCUCUCCCGUGGGGGUGCCAUCAUUUACUAUGCUUCGGUCUUCCUUUACUUCUGGGUAUUCUCAACUCCUGUGGUCUCCUUGGUGUUUGGAAGCUACUUGUACAUCUGUAUAAAUUGGCUCCAGAUUCACUUUGAUGAAGCCUUCUCAUCACUCCGUAUUGCAAAUUACAAGGCAUUCACCCGUUGCCAUGUCACCCAUGAUGGUGACCUUGAAGUAUUCACCCUUGCUGUUGAUAAGGUUCCAAAGGAAUGGAAACUAGAUCCGGACUGGGAUCAGGAGCCAAGACAACAACUGAGCCAUCUGAGGAAGUUUCCUAGCAAGUGGAGUGCAACUGCUGUGUCACAGGACCCAAUUUCUACUGUUCGAAUUGUAGACCAUUUUGUUAUUCAAAAAACUACUCCUGUAUGCCAAACUGAUUGAUAGAGUGUUGUGGAAUCUAGACGAAAAAAAUCUUAGUGUGUCGUUUUUAGUAAUAAAGGACGUCAAGGGGCGUUCCCAGAAACAGAACAUUAAUGGGAUUGGCCUCACUUGGUGUGACAACUUGACAAGGAUGAUGAUGGACAGUCUGAUAUAUGUUCACAAUUAGGAAUACACUUGGUUUGUGUGGUUUAGAAGUCAUGUGGAAUGGAAUCCAUUUCAAUUUUCAAUUAAAGCUUUCAAGAAUCAAGAUUUUGUUUC